CACUCUCACGUCCUGUUUCCGUCAACACACGUGUGUCUGCGUGUGUGUGUGUUUGCGUGUGUGUGCGGAGAGAAAACGGCGGAGGAACUUCACACAGUCGCUUUUAGAAUCGCACCACGAAGCAAAGCGAGCCGGUACCGAAGAGAAGUCCGCCAUGUUGGAGCAGCUGGGCCUGAUCGGGACCCUGCGGGACGAGGACGAGAGUCCGGAGGAACCCGAUACCGAGUCCGACCAGGAGGACCAGCCGAUCGUCCUGAACAGGAAGAAGAAGUUGGGGAGCCGCGGCGUGAAGGACUUCAAUGCAGACUUUGAGUUUGGAGAGAGUGACGGGCCGAGCCGCGGGGAGGACUGGGCCAUGCAGGACGUCAUGAAGCAGCUCAAGAACAAGAGAACCGCGACCACACUCGACCAGAAGAUCGAGAAAAUCCGUAAGAAGAGGAAGGCCCAGGAGAAAUUGGUUGACGCCGAUGAAGGGAAGAACCAGGAGGAGGAGGCUGGAGAGGACGUAAAGCCUCCUGAGGGGGACGCCGAUGGAGGUGAUGAUGAAGAGGACGACGAGGGGGAAGAUGGUGAAGACGAAGAUGAGUUUGAUUCAAGUGACGAGGAGAUUCUGACCAAAUCGGACACCCUGAGAGACAAAGAACGACGGGGGAAGAGGAGGAAGCUGGAAAACGAGCCAGAGUCGUUCUACGAAGACGCGUCGGAUUUCAACGAGGACCUGACCUUUGACAACAUGAACCUGUCCCGACCCAUCCUGAAGGCCAUCACAGCUCUGGGCUUCAAGCAGCCGACUCCCAUCCAGAAGGCGUGCAUUCCUGUCGGCCUGCUGGGCAAAGACCUGUGUGCCUGCGCUGCUACUGGGACAGGGAAGACGGCGGCCUUCAUGCUGCCGGUGUUGGAGCGCUUGGUUUAUAAGCCCAGGACGUCCCAGGUGACCCGGGUCCUGUGUCUGGUUCCCACCAGAGAGCUGGGCAUCCAGGUGCACUCGGUGGCCCGUCAGCUCGCCCAGUUCACCUCCAUCACCACCUGCCUGGCUGUCGGUGGGCUGGACCUGAAGUCUCAGGAGGCUGCGCUGAGGGCCGGUCCUGACGUGCUGAUAGCGACGCCCGGCCGUCUGAUCGAUCACCUGCACAACACGCCGACCUUCGAGCUGACCCACAUCGAGAUCCUGAUCCUGGACGAGGCGGACAGGAUGCUGGACGAGUACUUUGAGGAACAGAUGAAGGAGGUCAUCAGACUGUGCUCCUACAACAGACAGACCAUGUUGUUCUCCGCCACCAUGACGGAGGAGGUGAAGGACCUGGCGGCCGUCUCUUUGAAGCAGCCAAUCAGGAUCUUCGUGAACAGCAACACCGACGUUGCUCCGUUUCUGCGACAAGAGUUUGUCCGAAUCCGACAAAACCGGGAAGGAGACCGGGAGGCCGUGGUGGCUGCUCUGCUGACUCGGACGUUCCAGGAUCACGUGAUGUGUUUCACUCAGACGAGGAAACAAGCUCACAGGCUGCACAUCCUGCUGGGACUGAUGGGCCUGAAGGUCGGAGAACUGCACGGAGAACUGAGCCAGAACCAGAGGCUGGAGAACCUCAGGCGCUUUAAAGAUGAUCAGAUCGACAUCUUAGUGGCCACAGAUGUUGCAGCCAGAGGUCUGGAUAUCGACGGAGUCAAAACAGUGAUAAUCUUCACCAUGCCGUCCACCACGAAGCACUACGUUCACCGCGUUAGCCGGACGCCCAGAGCCGGCCGCUCGGGCCGCUCGGUGUCUCUGGUCGGGGAGUCGGAGAGGAGGACCCUGAAGGAGGUGGUGAAGUCGGCCAAGAACAGCGUGAAGGCUCGAGUCCUGCCGCCAGAUGUCAUCUUGAAGUUCAGAGACCUGAUCACUAAGCUGGAGAAGGACGUGGAGGCCGUGAUCCGGCUGGAGCGGGAGGAGAGGGAGAUGGCUGCGUCCGAGGCAAAGUUGAGUGUAGCUCAGAAGCGCCUCGCGGGAUCCGCCGACGCCGACCAACUGCAGCGCGUUUGGUUUCAAACUCAACAGGAGAGGAAGCAGAGCCGUGUGUCGAAGGCCCUGCAGGACUUCGAUCUCGCUCUGAGGGGGAAGAAGAAGAGACAACAAUUCCUGAAGGAGGGCAAGAAGAAAGACCCGACGGCGGAGGAACGAGCUCAGUUCGAGAUCUUGAAGGCUCAGAUGUUUGCUGAGAGAGCGGCGAAGAGAGAGCGGCGCCCGAAGAGAGCGAGGGCCAUGGCAGAGGAGGAGAUGGCUGCUAAAGUCAAUCCUAAAGCAGGAAAAGGAGGAAAGAAGUCUGUGUUUGACAAAGAGCUGACAAACACCAGCAACAAGGCCCUGAAACAGUACAGAUCGGGACCGUCCUUUGAAGACAGGAAGCGCCUCGGUUUAAACAAGAAGCGUCCUGGCGGCUCCAAACCGUCCUUCGAAGACAAGAAGCGUCCUGGCGGCUCCAAGCCGUCCUUCGAAGACAAGAAACGUCCUGGCGGCUCCACACCAGAUUACAGACGGUCCUCUGGGGACGGGAAGCGUUCUGGCGGCUCAAAACGGUCCUUUGGGGACGGGAAGCGUCCGGGCGGCUCAAAACGGUCCUUUGGGGACGGGAAGCGUCCGGGCGGCUCCAGGUACAAGAAGAAGUGAAUUCCAAGAUGGCCGCCCUGAGAAGCUGUUCUCUGUAAAUCUCUUCCAGCUGUUCUGUUCAUGACGUUUUAAAUAAAGUUUUGAUCUGUAUUAAA